CAACACCCGGAUCCAACUGCUUUGCCUGAAGAGUCGAGCAAUUUAUUCGCCAACGCUUAGCGGGAGAAGCUGUAACCCGGGUCCUCCGUUGCUACAGCAGCGGUGGCGGCCUCAGAGCCAGCCCAGGCCAUCGGCGUCAGCGGGCCAUCGCGCGGUCGCCUCAGUCCGCCGGCCGCGGCCGCGCAUCUCUCCUUCCCUCCCUCCCUCCUCCCGCAGGACGCCGCACCGUCCUCUGUUGUCCAGCGCCGCAUCCCUCCCUCCGCAGCUCGGGGCGCCUUCCCGCCCUCUUCCGCGGCGGGCGGCGGGGAUUGGCUGCUUGGGCUGCGCCUCUCCGCCCAGCGGCCGCUUCCCUCCUCCCUUCCCUGUCGCAGCUGCGGGACGGCUGGCGGAGCCAUGAACCCGUUAUUCGGCCCAAACCUCUUCCUCCUGCAGCAGGAGCAGCAGGGCUUGGGAGCCGCGGGCCCCGAGCAGCGCCAGCGCCAGCAGCUGCCGGACCUCCUCUUUCUUCCCCACGAGCCCCAGGGGGACGCGCUCGACAGGGAACUGGCCCCGCCGGCUUCCCUCGCCGCCGGCGCUUCCUUCCCGGCGCCGCCGGUCGCCAUGGCCCUCCGCAACGACCUGGGCUCCAACAUCAACGUGCUGAAGACCCUCAACCUCCGCUUCCGAUGCUUCCUGGCCAAGGUGCACGAGCUGGAGCGCCGCAACCGGCAGCUGGAAAAGCAGCUCCAGCAGGCCCUGGAGGAAGGGGGAGCCCGUCGGGGUAGCUUGCAGCGCCGGGACCAAGCCGUCCAGACCGGUUUCAUCAGCCCCAUCCGCCCGCUGGGACUCUCCCUGACCAGCGGGGCUAGCAACGGCAGCCGGCCGGUGGGACUGGGCAGCAGCACGUCGAGGGUGCUGAAUUCCCCCGUCUGCCACCACCCGGGAGCGCCGCUCACCCCCACUUCUUGCCAGUCUCCCUCCUUGCCUAGCAGCGCUUUCUCCGCAUCCUCCCGCUUCCUGCCUGGGACCAUCUGGUCAUUCUCGCAGGCUCGCCGUCUGGGGCCAGGCCUAGAGACUACGCUCGUUCAGGGGCCUGGGGUCUCCUGGAUGCACCCGGAUGGAGUUGGGGUGCAGAUAGACACCAUCACCCCUGAAAUCCGGGCUCUCUACAAUGUCCUGGCCAAGGUGAAGAGGGAACGGGAUGAAUACAAGCGCAGGUGGGAAGAGGAGUACACAUUGCGGGUUCAGCUGCAGGACCAAGUGACCGAGCUACACGAGGAAGCCCAAGAAGCAGAAGCAUGUCAGGAGGAGCUGGCCAUGAAGGUGGAGAAGCUAAAAGCAGAGCUGGUCGUUUUCAAAGGACUGAUGAGUAAUAAUCUUAGUGAGCUGGACACCAAGAUCCAAGAGAAGGCCAUGAAGGUAGACAUGGACAUUUGUCGACGUAUCGAUAUCACAGCUAAAUUGUGUGAUGUAGCCCAACAGCGCAACUGCGAGGACAUGAUCAAAAUGUUUCAGAAGCAGUUGUCUCUGCACUUGUCUCCCAUUAAGGUUCCAGCUACAGUGGGUCGGAAACGGGAGCGAAAGAUGGUCAGUGAUGAGGACACCUCCCUCUCUGAGAGUGAGGCCCCCAAAAAAGUAGAAGAGGAAGAAGAGGAUGAGACCACUGCGAGUAUCAAUGAGGAGAUGCAGAGGAUGCUGAAUCAAUUGAGGGAAUAUGAUUUUGAAGAUGACUGUGACAGCCUCACCUGGGAGGAGACAGAAGAAACACUGCUGUUGUGGGAAGAUUUCUCUGGCUAUGCUAUUGCUGCUGCUGAGGCACAAGGAGAGUCCCCCAAACACGUGGCGAAGGCUGAGAAGCGAAUGGAAAAACGCAGUGCAGCUGAAAGGCAGCAGUCAGAUGACAGUUUGGAGAAAGUGAUCAAGGACACAGAGUCACUCUUCAAAAGCAGAGAGAAAGAAUACCAAGAAACCAUUGACCAAAUUGAGCUGGAAUUAGCAACAGCAAAGAAUGACAUGAACCGGCAUCUGCAUGAAUACAUGGAGAUGUGCAGCAUGAAGCGUGGGCUGGAUGUGCAGAUGGAGACAUGUCGUCGCCUCAUCACCCAGUCUGGAGACAGACUUACGGGAGUUGUGUUUCGUGCCAUGUGUCUCUAGAAGGUGAUGCAGUUUUGUCAGACGCAAUCGCUGUCGAACAACAACUUUCAUCGGAAAAAGGAGCACCACUGAUCGGCCAGGCUUUUGCACUAGCUUAUGGGACAAUGAAUCCAAUCAGCACUGGGCUGGGGGAAGACUUUUGACUUUCCCAUCCAACUGUAAUCCUAGGCUUAGCAAGAACACCAAUGGAGCUCCCUCCUUGCCGACCUCAGUCUCCUCUUUGUGCUCUUCAACAGCGUCCACUCUAGUUAUGACGCAACCUUAACAUUUCAGCCAAGUCUCUCCAUGCAACCUGUGCCCUUGUCUUAUGGCCUGAUGCUUCUUGAGUCCUGUGUCUGACCCCUUUGAGGCUUCUUCCCUCUUUUCCUAGGCCUAGUGCCCGUGUGACCCCCCGCCCUUUUUUUCUUUCAGAAAAUCUCCUGCUUUUACUCCGGUACCGAACUGUGAAUCAGCCCCAAAUGAGGAAACAGAGGAGUCCGAUCUUGACCUCCCAAGUGAUGCCUCGAUAAAAUAAUGAGGGAGGCUCUGUCCCCUCUGCGUGCCCCCUCCUGGCCCAGGAGUGUGAGCAUAUUGAGGGGAGACUUGUCCUAGCUAAAGCUCUGAGGGACAGAAAGGAGCAAGAAGCUGCUCCUAAAAGUCUGCCACUCAUGCUCUCCCUACUUGAAGGUGGAGCCAACCAAGAUGCCCAGGGCAAGGAGAUGUCCCAGCUCUUUCCCAUCCCUUCCUACUUCUUCCUUCUUGCCAUUACUUGUGUGGGGAGGCUCCCAUCUAACUGUAUCUGGCGCCCUGAAGAUUUGCCUUAUGAAGCCCCGUCUUCCUUGCAGCCUCCAAACAUAUGUGACUGUCCUCCCACUGCUAUAUAUAAGCAGGGUCUGCCUAUCUCAGCAAAACUGAACUUUCUCUUGGUGCCAAGUGGACCGAAGGCGGGGCUAAUAGAACCCUCCCUCCAGGCCACAAUGUACACAAUAGUGACAGUCUGUUGUUGUGGGGACAAAGAAUGAACCCCCAUUCCUUCACCUCAGCUCUGUCCUUGCCUUGCUUGGCUGUGCUGUCCUGGUGCAGAAGUCAUAUGUGAUGUGUUAUGUCUGGAAAUAAGAAUAUUAAAUGGUUACCUUCCUUUUUUCAACAGCUGUUA